UCCUCAUCCUUUCCGACCCAUAUAUUCCAAAGAGGUCAUUCAAUUUCUGAUCUAGUCCAAAGCAGCUUCGAUCGGCGAUCUGAAAAUGGCGGACAUAAAGGACGAAUACGGCAACCCAGUUAGCCUCACCGACGAACACGGCCACCCCGUUCAGCUAACCGACGAGGGGGGCCGCCCCAUGCACCUUACAGGCGUAGCCAGCACUGGCACUGCUGCCGGCACGGGGGAGCACGGCGGUGCCCCUGCCGCAGCUACCGGAGAAACCCACGAACGUGAGCAUGAAGGCUCUACAUGGGAAGAAAAAGGCUCUAGUACUAUUCCCAGCUCUAGCUCGUCGGAGGAUGAUGGAAAAGGUGGGAGGAGGAAGAAGACGAAGGGAAUGAAGGAGAAGAUAAAGGAGAAGCUGGGCGGCGGAAAGCACAAGGAAGAGGAUGAGCAUCGGGAACACGCUACAACUACUGCCUCCGCCGCUGCCGCCACUCCCACCACCACCACUCCUGCUGCAGGAGCCGGAGGGAAGUCUCAUGAGCAUGAGAAGAAGGGAGUGUUGGAGAAGAUAAAGGAAAAGCUACCAGGUGGCCAUCACCAUUCCCACUAAAUCUAUCUAUACCCAGAGAGGGAGGGAGCAGAGAGCAAAGAGUUAGGGGGGGGGGGGGGGGGAUCAGGGGUUUGUGUGUGGCUAUAGCCUAUAGAUAUAUAGGAAUAUAAAUAAAUUGUACGUGUGGGCUUGCUGUACGUGAGAGUCGAUUCUGCUGGUGUGUUGCGCGUAUAGAUCAUACGCAUGCAUGUAUGUAUGUCGUGGUGUUCAUAAUUCUGAACUGGUAAUUAAGCUUCUCGUGUCCUACAA